AUGGGUAGCAGCCAAGCCGCCGCUUCAUUCCUCACCAACAUAGCUCGUGCAGCUUUCAGCGUCGGAAUCGGAGCUACUGUUAUCAAUUCAUCGCUCUACACCGUCGACGGCGGCCAACGCGCCGUUCUAUUCGAUCGUUUCCGCGGCGUUAUCGAAGAUACCGUGGGGGAAGGGACUCAUUUCUUAAUUCCAUGGCUUCAGAAGCCCUUCAUAUUCGAUAUUCGCACUAGACCUCACACUUUCUCCUCUGUCUCAGGUACAAAGGAUCUGCAGAUGGUGAAUCUAACCUUGCGUGUGCUCUCCCGCCCGGAGGUUGGUCGCCUACCGGACAUUUUCAAAACUCUGGGGCUCGAAUAUGAUGAAAAAGUCCUUCCAUCAAUAGGAAAUGAGGUUUUGAAGGCUGUAGUUGCUCAAUUCAAUGCUGAUCAGCUGCUCACCGAUCGUCCCCAUGUUUCUGCCCUUGUACGAGAGAGUUUGAUACGUAGAGCAAAGGAUUUUAACAUUGUGCUGGAUGAUGUGGCUAUCACUCAUUUGUCAUAUGGUGCAGAAUUCUCAAAGGCUGUGGAGCAGAAGCAAGUGGCUCAGCAAGAGGCCGAGCGGUCUAAAUUUGUGGUUAUGAAAGCCGAGCAAGAGAGGAGAGCAGCUAUCAUUAGAGCUGAAGGCGAGAGUGAAUCUGCCAAGCUGAUUUCUGAAGCAACUGCAGCUGCAGGAAUGGGAUUGAUCGAACUCAGGAAGAUUGAGGCAGCUAAAGAUAAUGCGGCAAGCAUGUGCCGAAAUGGGAAUGUGGCCUAUUUGCCUAGCACCAACAAUAUGCUUCUUGGCGUCAAUCCUGGCCGUUGAUCAUUAGGACAUGAGAAAUGGCAGGGUCUUGAAGGGUUGGGUGUUUUGAACAUUGUGGUCAGUCUGUGUUUGUUUGUGUUUCCGAAAAUUUUAGUAUUUUAUUUCUGCAACAAUGCUUUGGUAAAAUGAGCUGUAUGAGCAAGAAGUGAACUUCGACGCUCUGCCCGCCCAGUCCAUAAGCCGGGAGUUGUUUCUUUUAACAAUACUUGUCGAAUCAUUUUUGUUUGCAAAUGCUAUCAUGCUAUGCUCUUCUGCAGUGUGCUAUAUGUUUUAUGAAACCCGAGACUGACAACUUUUGCAAGAUCAA